UCGAGGUUGGUCAGUGUUGUCAGAUGGGCAGCAUGACACCCCUCUCUGCGCGGAUCAUGCGAGCAUGGGAAUAUUUGGAGGAAAAAACAGCUUGACGGCGCCCUCAAAGAAAAGAAACAUGUGGAAGACUCUGACACUCUCACUGAUAGUUGCACUGGCGUUGUGCACAGAGGUGUCCCAGUGUGAGGAUGUGGGGUCCAUGGCGACUCUGGAGAAGGCGGUUGACGAGCAGCAGGAGAACUUCAGCAACAUAUCCGGACUAACAAAGUCCCGACCUGAGAUCCUGGCCGCUCAGUUCCAGUGCUACCUGAAGAUCAUCCACGAUCCACCGCGUACAGACGAAGGUCAUUUCUGUAACCGUACGUGGGACGGCUGGCUGUGCUGGGGGGACACAGCUCCAGGGACUGUCAUGCAGAUGUGUCCGGAAUAUUUUUUCGACUUUGACGCUGCUGAGAAGGUGACCAAAGUGUGUAAUCCUGGUGGACAGUGGUUCCACCAUCCAGAGAGCAACAGAGUCUGGACUAACUACACCCAGUGUCAGGCCUACACUAAAGACAAACUCAAGUUUGCCAUCAGUCUCUACUACAUGGCCAUGGUGGGUCACGGCCUGUCUAUCGUCUCCCUGGUCAUCUGUCUGAUCAUCUUCUCCUACUUCAAGAGUCUCAGCUGCCAGAGAAUCUCCCUCCACAAGAACAUGUUUCUCUCCUUCAUCUUGAACUCCAUCGUUACGAUAGUGUGGCUCUCGCUCACUGUGGCCAACACCCAAGCCCUAAACGCCAGCAACCCUGUGAGCUGUAAGGUCCUAGCUGUGCUUAAUAUGUACACGUCCACCUCCAACUACUUCUGGAUGCUGUGUGAGGGCAUCUACCUCCACACGCUCAUCAUCGUGGCCGUCUUUGUCGGGGAACAGCAGCUCUUCUGGUACUACGUCCUGGGAUGGGGUUUUCCCUUUGUUCCUGCCAUCACGUAUGCCGUGGCUCGCGGGUUCUUCUAUGACGACAAGUGCUGGAUCAGCUCUCAAACAUACCUGCUUUAUAUUAUUCAUGGGCCCAUUCAAGCUGCACUACUUGUGAACUUUUUCUUUCUCCUGAACAUCGUCCGGGUUCUCAUCACCAAGUUGAAAGAGACCCACUGCGCCGAGUCCACAGCCUACAUGAAGGCGGUGAGAGCCACCCUCAUCCUCAUCCCUCUGCUGGGAGUCCAGUUCAUCAUUUUCCCCUGGAGGCCGGAGGGACGCAUCAGCCGGGCCGUCUAUGAUUUCUUCGUACACAUCUUCUCCCACUUCCAGGGACUCCUGGUGGCAAUUAUAUUCUGUUUCUGCAAUGCUGAGGCCCAGACAGCGCUGCGGAGGAAGUGGGCCCAGUACGCCUGGGGUAAAACCGGCUGGGGGGAAACACCCACCUCCAACAACCACUUCAACUACCAUAACAACUCCUCCAUUACCGAAACCAGCCGAGCCACCAGCUGCUCGGAGGGGCCUGCAGUCGUGCCCUCCGAACCAAAAGAAAGCAGCCACUUCCUGUCCCAGGAGAGAGCCAACGGGCAGCAGAAGGAGUGCAGCAACGGCGAAGUGGACAUGCUCAACAAGAUGGAGACCACCGACAUUUGACCGGGAGGAAAACGUAGAGGUGACGGUUGUUGUGCCAAAACAACACACACACAAACACACACUCGCUUAUAUGUGCACACAGAAAGACAGAAAAACAAACAAAAAAACCCAGAUAGGCCGGGUGAAUUUUCAAAAUAAAGGGUAACUGAUUGGGCACUUGUGAACUAAAAGCUCCAGUUUCUGGACUCUGUAUGAACUGAUGAGAAAAAGAUAACUUAUAUGAUGGUGUCAUCCUGUAAUCCUAGUCUAAUAAUGUUUUUUGCAUACAUGUGUUCUGUCGCUGGAAUAAAGUCCACUUAUGUAUUUUUCCAUUUUGAUACAUCAAAUGCAGAGCUGUUUGUGUAAUCUGUUGUCUUAUGAAGCCUCGGAAUGCUUCACCCCGUACACCACUGUGACAUGAUGAAUGUCAUAGCCCAGUGUUUUCUAUAUGUUCUUUUACAUGCUUUUAUCUUGAAAAGAUAGUGUUAUCAUCGCUGACCUUCAAAAAAAAGCCAGCAUCCCCCUUUUAACAUUUCCCCCUGGGGAUGAAUAAAGUACAUAUCUGUCUAUCUAUCUAUCUAACCUGCCUGUCAGAAAACAAAAACCACCAAACUGAAGACAAGUAAUGUUGUGUAAACAGGGUGAAACGACAAAAGCGACACAGUCAUGAGGAUUUUAAUUUCCCCACAACAAGUAACAGAAAUAGGAUAUAAUUUCAGUCUGAGAAAGUGUACAAUGGCCCAAAACGUUUUAGACAUAGGCUACUUCAUUUUGUAGAGCAUAUCGGACUUAUCUGCCCGAAAGUCAAAACACAGUAAAUACCAGAAUCUGACUUUUUGACUUGUGUUUUAACAUAAACAUGUUUUAUACUAUCUAGAAAUGUAUUAUUUCUGCUAAAACAGGGUGUAAAAACUUCGCUAAAACCCAAACUGUAGUUAGACACCAGAAGUCGUCGUAACAAAAAGACAGCCAACAUGCUAGCCACAGCUAGCAUUAGCUAAGACUAAAACUAAAUCUAUUUUCUGACUUUUCCAGUCAGUGCAGAGAAAAAAAAAUGAACGCUAACGUAAACCCAGCAAAAGUCAUGUUAAUGGUUGCCUUCCCAGUACAGCAGAGUAGCAUUAGCUAUCAUGUCACAUUUCAAUUUUGGUAAAACUAGCUCUUGGCAUGGAAAUGGUCAGAAGAAACGCCGUAUCCCAACAUUAUCACUGUAAAAUAAGUUUCCUCGAGUUGAUGGUCACUCACUAUGUGUGCUAACACAAAUCUUCUUUUUCGGUUGCCAAAAUGACGAAUUUAUGUUUAUGGCAAAUAAACAAAUUCAAAAACAGACCUCAUUUGAACAUGGAAUGUACUAUGUUGAAAGGGCUUCUGACAUUGAGCUUAAGAUAGUGGCAAUCUGUACCUAACUAUGAAAUCUCACCAUAGUAGGACAUUCUGGCUACAUGACAGCUAAACACGUAUGUAAAGUAGUGGGAAGAUAAUUUUGAGGCUCAGCUGAUUCAAACUGAUUUACUUCCUGGAACUAAAUGAUGUGCCGAAUACUAUGGGUCACAACUAUCCUAAUUUAACCCGGGAGCAGAGCUUUUAGGGCUGGAGAAUCACUGGUGCAGAUAAUGGUAAUGGAGCUGUGGAGUGCUGCAGUAAUCUCAGUCACUCUCCUCACUUACUCCAUUGAAAACAAACACAGGGUUUUGGGGGGUUUUUGGCAAAAGGUGGCACACAUACAGCAGACAUACAGACACUUUGUUGUGUGAAAUAAUGUAUAUGGGGGAGCGUGUGCACAUGUGAUUUUAGCAAAUAGACCCUCCAACUUUGUUACAAUUGGUGUAGAAAGAAAUGUUACUUAUUUAAUAUCCCACAAUCUUCACUUUCUAUUAUGACAUUUAUUGUAAUACGAUGGGAAAUCUUAAUGUGAUAUAAAGCUUUUAUACCCAGAACAUUUAGGAUGAAAACAAAGAUGAGACACGUUUCUGUCUUAGAUAUAGACUUUGCAGACGGAACAAGACUAUGCCAAAUUUUUAUAUAAAUGUUUUUCCAUCUUUUAUUAAACGCACUUCCGUCUGCACGAGAAUGAGACUAUUUAAAAGAUUUUUCAUGUCUUUAUUAUUAUAGUGUUCCUGUUGCUUUGUAAUGUUCUGUGUUAUUAUUGUGACUAUUAAAAAGGUCGGUUUCACCAUUUGUAAUGGAAUGUAAUAUUGUUACAAUAUUUUGUUUGCAAAUACAAUUCCCUGCCACUUCACAUUUAAUUUAAUAGUUUUUCCAUUGCUUGUGUACCGUGCUGUAUGUACACUGGCAGGCUGACAGUACCAGCACCUUUUUCAGUUUCCACCGGAAUACUGAGCAAGUCUAAUGUUUGAAAGUGAGCUUGCAGCAAAUGCAUUUUGGUAUUCUUCCAGGAGGCAUCCACACAACAUACUGGGAAUACAAAUGUCCCAGUGUGGAUACACUGGGACAUUCUUCAGGCUACACAACUGAAGAAUGUCGGAUCUCUGCACAGGGACGCCACCCUGUACCCGUUUGCCAAUGCUGCCCUGUCGAGAAAACGCCUGUCUUAGACAUAUUUAUAAAGAAAUUUGAAAAACAUUCCAAUAAAACGUUAAAAGAAAAGUUCAAUUCAAGCAUACUAUUGUAUAUACAUUUAUAACACUGCCAUUUAUGUGUGGAAAUAAAGUGGUUUGAACAUAAACAU